GUGCACCAAUAUGGAAACAUCCUGGAAGAAGAUAUUGUCGGUAGAGCACAUACCAGUGGUUUGCCAGAUUUGAGGUACACCCGCUCGAUUUCAGGAUCAAACUCCAUGUCGUUGUGUCUCUUAACAAAGACGUCUGUCAGGUCGUGGGAGUUGGCUCCAUAUAACACAAAAUUCAGCAUGGUCAUCAAGGGGAAAAGGGGAGAAACAAGAACAUAGCUCCCUAUAACAGUAUAGAAGGUAGGUGUAGGUGGCCCAAUAGUUCAAUGUUGUUUCUCCCCUUUUCUCCUCGAUGACCAUGCUGAUUUUGUGUUAUAAGGAGCCAACUUCUGUGAUCGCAUGCGUUAUUGUCAGGCGAGACAAUGUCGUGGAGUUUGAUCCUAAAAUCAAGCGUGUAUCGCACGUCCGUCAAAGGUCAAACUACCGGGUGUCAAAGAAGCCAAACAAGGACCACCGUUUGUGGAUUAGGAAGGAUUCGGCUGGGUCAGGGAAGAAGGCUCUUUGUCUUGUUAAUACUGUAACCAAGUGGCUGAUGAGUAAAGGUCAGGUGCUGACAUGGACAACGUACGAUACACUGCUGUUGGCUCUUUCUAUGGAUGGAAGAGUAGAUGAGGCUGAGUCAAUUUGGAAUACUAUCUUACAAACUUAUACACGCUCAGUGCCCAAGAAGUUGUUCUCUCGGAUGAUCCAGAUUUACAACACGCGCCAUCUUCCAGACAAAGUUUUGGAGAUAUAUGCUGACAUGGAAGAAUUGGGCGUGCGUCCAGACGAGGAUACAACAAGAAGAAUCGGACGAGCAUUUGCAACUUCAGGCCAGGAAGAUAAGCAGAAGCCUGUCCUUGAAAAAUACUUGAAGAAGUGGAAGUACAUCCAUUUCAACGGCGAGCGUGUUCGGGUGCGGAGGGCAGGACCUUUGGCCUAGCAAACGUCCUCUGGAUAGCUUGGGGCAAACAAUGCGAGUGUCGCCUCAUAUGGACAUAUGUGAAUGCUAUUGUUCUUCCGAGGUCCUAUGUGAGCAUGUCAGGCAGAACGAGGUGUUGAAAUUGUAAUGCUCUCUAGACAAAUGGAUAAUAUUACAGUACAGGGUUGAGAACUGGCAUUGCUAAUGAUGUUGGUACCCAAACAUGUGUAAGUUGUGAUAUUUCAAACAGGUUGCUGUCGUCUUCGGUAC